UUUUCGGGAUCACAGGUCCCUAAUUGAAAUGUAUAUUAGUCGGGAUUGUGGUACGCGCAUCUAUAAUACAAAUGAGGCAGUUCCAAAAAGAACGAUACGACGGAAACACGACAAUUGAAAUUUGAAAAAAAUAUUUAUUUAAUUUUUUUGGUUUCUGCCUUCGGCUCAUUUUUCGGUUUUAAAAUGCACCAGCAAAAUGAAGUUGGCAACAAAAUCGAGAAAAGCAAGUUUGAGUCGUCAAUUAGUGAGCUUAAAAAGAAGACUUUCGUUUCGGCGGCCGACAUCGAAUGCUAUAACGUAUGUGGGACAACGCCUGAGUACGAAAAGGCCCAGCAGAGGUCGUUGAACGACCCUGAAGGGUUCUGGAGCGAAGUCGGAUCGGAACUCGAGUGGACAAAGCCAUGGGAUCGAGUUCUAGAUGACAGUAACGCGCCGUUCACGAAAUGGUGGGUCGGCGGAGAAAUGUCGGUAUGUUACAACGCGGUGGACCGACACGUGGUCAAUGGAAGAGGCGAGCAGUUCGCUUUGGUUCACGACUCGCCACUCACUGACACCGCCAGGAAAAUCUCUUACAAUGAGCUAAAAGAUCAGGUCUCGCGUCUGGCUGGAAAGCUGACAACGUUGGGAGUCAGUAAGGGAGCCCGGGUGCUGAUCUACAUGCCGCUAGUACCAGAAGCUAUUAUAGCUAUGCUCGCUACCAAUCGUAUCGGCGCCAUUCACUCUGUUGUAUUUGGAGGUUUCGCUGCGAGGGAAUUAAGAACGAGGAUCGAACACGCUGAGCCAACGGUCAUCAUAGCCGCCAGUUGCGGGGUAGAGCCUAAUAAGAUCGUCAGGUACAAAGAUAUUCUGGACGAAGCACUGUGCCAGAGUUCCCAUCAGCCUCGCUCCUGCAUUAUAUACCAACGGCGCAGAGUACUAGAGUGUCCCCUUGAAAUUGGAAGGGACAUAUCCUGGGACGAGGGCUUGGAAGCCGACCCGGUACCGUGCGAGUCGGUAGAAGCCAAUGAACCCUUGUACAUACUAUACACAUCUGGUACAACUGACGCCCCAAAAGGAGUUCAACGUCCCUGCGGCCACGCAGCCACGCUCUGCUGGUCCAUGAAAAAGGUGUAUGGUCUCCAACGAGGAGUGUGGUGGGCGGCGUCAGACCUGGGCUGGGUGGUCGGUCAUUCGUACAUUUGCUACGGUCCGCUCUUGGCUGGAAUGACUUCCGUUCUGUAUGAAGGAAAACCCGAUCGUACGCCAGAUCCUGGACAAUAUUUCAGGAUAAUAGAGCAACAUCGUGUAAACGCUCUAUUCACGAUUCCGACGGCAUUCAGGGUGCUGAAACGAGCCGAUCCUAACGCUAAAUACGCGAGGAGAUACUGCCAGAAAUCACUAAAGACGGUCUUCAUUGCUGGAGAGCAUUGCGACCAGGAUACAAGGCAAUGGGCUGAACGUGUCUUCGGCGUGCCAGUACUCAAUCAUUGGUGGCAAACGGAAUCAGGGUCCCCGAUCACUGCACCCUGCCUUGGUUACGGCGUCAAAUCCGUGCCGCCCUACUCCGCUGGAUAUCCAGUCGCUGGAUAUGACAUUCGUACACUUCGAGAGGACGGAAUGGAAUGCAAGCCCGGUGAAGUGGGUAGGCUGGUUGCGAAGCUGCCUCUCCCACCAGGAUUCGCUUCAACACUGUGGCGAUCUGAUGAACGAUUCAAGAAAAUCUAUUUCGAGGCUUAUCCGGGCUACUACGACACCCAAGAUGCGGGCUGGAUCAGCUUAGACGGGGCUGUGUGGGUCGUAGCCAGGGCUGAUGACGUCAUCAACGUAGCUGGACACCGGCUGUCUACGGCGGCUCUUGAAGAUGUCGUGCUACGACACACGAGGGUAGCGGACGCUGUCGUGGUUGGAGCACCGGACCCAACUAAAGGCGACGUGCCUCUCUGCCUCUACGUCAUGAGACCUCCGCAAGACGACGAAGAAAUAGUAGCCGAAAGCACAGUAACACAAGAACUGAUUGCUCUGGUCCGUCAUCUCAUUGGGCCGAUCGCAGCUUUCCGCAAAGCUGUGGCAGUUCCCGCCCUACCGAGGACCAGAUCAGGGAAGGCGCUAAGAGGUGCCAUUGCCAAAUUGGCCAGGUCUCAGUCAGUGAAAAUACCUUCCACUAUAGAAGAUCCAUCGGUCUUCGGUGACAUCAAACUGGCUUUGCAGAAAUUUGGUUACGCCACAGACGCGCCGGACCCUGAGUUUUGAAAUAUAUCGUAAAAUAAAACGAAUUGACGGUAUUUCGGAAUAAGAAAGUGUCAAAACGAUAGAUUUUUGAUGGCUUGGACUGCAACACAUGCGUGUGCAUUCACAGAUCCACUAAUUCUCGUUCCGUGUCCGCAAAUAAUACAGGUUAAAAUAAGAGAAAUAUAGAUAUUAAACGAUAUGUUACCUAAGCUAUAGGGCUUAUUUCAGUUUGACGCGAUUAAUGAAUGCUUACUUCCGACUUCGGAUCUGGUUCAUCCACAUUAUCUCACUUUUGGUUUCUUCAGACAGUCUAACAACAAAAGUGACCUACCUACAUAUGCUAUUUGAUAGUUUAUUGAUUAUUUUUAAUUCAAUGUAAUUCAUUAUAAUUCAUGGAAUAUUGAUGAUCCGUAUUAAGAAUAGAACCCACUUUUUAUAAUAACAGCAAUAGAAUUGGGUCAUAAAGCCCAAAUAAAGAUUUUCUAUUUGUCAGGUGAUGUAAGUGACUUUUAAAAAUGUGUAAUAAUAUUAUACUUUAAUUAGUUAAAUUAUUUAUUAGUAUGCUUAAUUAGUAUGCUUGAGUUAAAUUAAUAAUUAAUAAAGAAAUACGUAUGUGAAUGUUAAACAUCUUCCUGAUAUACUUACCUAUUUGUUUUAUUUAAUGGUGUAUUAUUUUAAUUAGAAUAGAGUAGAAUAAAAAAACAAAUUAAUUGAUUUGUCUACCUAUUUGAUUCGGUUUUUUUUUCUGUCUAGAUCGAGAAUUUCGUAUUUCGUUGCUUAAACAUUGAGGAAUUACAAAUAAACGUGUGCAACCUAGGAUUAGUCAAUGUUAGUUAAUGACAGAUAUUUUUUUAAUAAUUAGUAUGUGUUUUUUCUUUGGUAUCAAAUAUCAUCGAAACAGAUAAGCUCUCAUCAAGUAAACGUGUUUCUAAUAGUGUGGUACGUUUGUGGAGGUAUCUACAUAGCUAAUAAAAGUAUGUUUAUUUAAUAGUUGUUUUUUGUAUGGUGUUUGUUUUUUUUUUGUGAUAUUUUAGUUGUAAGUGUUGUAUUUUACGGAAUAAAGUUAAUGCAAUGAAAA